AUGCUCCCUCCGUCGGUGGUUACGACCUCGCCGCCGCUGCCCCCGGUGCCGACACCCCUGUCCCCGACGAGCCGCUCCUCUCGCUCUCCGAUCCCCACACUUGCGCCGGCUCCUGUCCCCGCACCGCCACUGCUCGAGCUCUUCGAGGGUGACGAUGGAUACCCCGUCGCUGAGUUCGUCAACAUGGCCGAGUACAUGAUGUCCGCGCACGCCGAGUACUACACGACGGCAGCGCGGCGCAUAGCCUACGUCUCGAACAACUUUUCUGGGCGCGCACGCCUCUGGUUCACGUACAUUCUCGGCAAGAGCCCUCGGCCACACUGCCUCCGCUCCUGGGAAGAGUUCCGCGUCGCGCUCCUCCAGUACUUUGGCGACGUCGACCCCGUCCCGCACACUGUGCUCCUCAAGCUGACGCAGGAGGACCACGAGACGGUGUGGUACGCAAAGGAGUUUCGCGAAAAGGCGGCUGUAUGCCGCGUCGACGUCAACCAUGAGUACUACCGGCGCUGGUUUGUGCUUGGCCUCCAGCCUGCUAUCCGCGAUCGCACGCUGCGCGCGUUCUACCACCUCGGCACGUUCCAGGACGUCGUGCGACACGCGCGGGAGAUUGAGGUCGCCCUCCUCGGUUUGCAAAACUCGCAUCCCUCGCACGCUUCCUCUCAUUAG